GGGGUCCCGGGCGGCCAGAGACGGAGGCCCGAGCCGCGACCGGCUGCCAGCCCGCUUCCUUGCCUCGCUUCGCCCGCUUCGCCGCCCUUCCGCCGGGGAGGGAGGGAAGGAGGGAGGGAGGGAGGGGCCCGGGGCCACGGGCAGAGCCAGCGCCACCCCGGCCAGCCAGCGCCACCAUGAGCGGCCCAUACCAGGACGAGAGCUGCUCCGAGAGGCCCGAGAGCUGCAAAAGUAAAUCGCCAACUUUGCUCUCCUCUUACUGCAUCGACAGCAUCCUGGGCCGGAGGAGCCCCUGCAAGAUGCGGCUGGUGGGCGCUGCCGCCCCUUCCUCCGCCCUGGCGCCGCAGGACAAGGCCGGGCAAGGGCCGGCCAAGGGCCUCCCUCCUCCGGGCCUGGAGGCCUCCGAGCUGCACCUUCCGCCCAAGCUGCGCCGCCUCUACGCUCCCGGCGGGGCUCGGCUGGUGUCGCGGUCCGAGGCGGGGGCCUCUUCGUGGGAGGCGCUGAAGAUCAGCCAGGCGCCUCAGGUGAGCAUCAGCCGCAGCAAGUCCUACCGGGAGAACGCGCCCUUCGACGACGGAGGAGGAGGAGGACGCAGGCCCGGCCGCGACGAGGAAGAUCUCCUGGAGGAGGAAGACGACGAGGACGAGGAGGAGGAGGACGAGCUGGAAGAGGAGCUGCUGGACGAGGAGGAGGACGAGGCGCUGCUGUCGGAGGCCCAGGAGGCCCGUCGGGGCGGGCUGGGGAUGGGUCCGGGCCCCGCGCCCCCUCCGCCCGCCCCGCUGCCCCUCCAGCCGCCCCCUCCGCCCCCCGAGGGCCCCGAGGGGUCCCCCAAAGAGGAGCUCUCCCUGCUCCCGGGCGACGAGGGCAAGGACGGCGAGGACGGCGUGUGCCUCUCGGCGGGCAGCGACUCCGAGGAAGGGCUGCUCAAGCGGAAGCAGCGCCGGUACCGCACCACCUUCACCAGCUACCAGUUGGAGGAGCUGGAGAGGGCCUUCCAGAAGACCCACUACCCGGACGUCUUCACCAGCUUUCUCAUCCUGGUGCCAAAUCAUCCGGGAGAGAGACAGAAAGGGAGCCAAGGCCUUAUGAAAAGCCAGGCCGAGGAGCCCUUGCCCUCUCCAAAGGAAUGCGCGCUCGCCUUCCUCGGGAAUCACGGAGCAGGAGCGGUCGUCCAGCGGGGUUUGCGCAGCCGCGGGCACCUCGGCCAGGAAGGAGGGGGCCGGCCUGGGGUGCAGCUUGGGGGGCUUGGCCUCCGAGGGGGUCCUGCUGUCGGUGUCAGGGUCCAAGGCUGCUUUGGGCAAAGGCGGAGGGGGGAAGUCGGGGGGCGGCAGGUUCAGGACCCCCGGUUCCUCCUCCUCGGAGCUCUCCUCUGCCCGCAAAGGGGGCUGCGGCCGCCGGGGGUCCGGAUGGAUGGGCACCGUGAUCUGGACCUUGUUCCGCGCAGACGGGGGCUUUGUGGCAUUGUUGGCGACCAAAGCAUGUUGCUCCGCAGCUACCAGCAGCUGGUGGGGGACCCCCUCCAGGACGUAGUAGGCCGGGUUGUUGAAGCUGUUCUUCAUGGCCGGACCCUCGGUGUCAGAGGUCGUGGCGGCGUCCUGCUUUGGCCUGAGAGAAACACAGAGUGGGACAUACGUGGCCUCGCCUCUCUUGCUUGCUCUCCCUCCCUCCCUCUCUCCCAGGUCUGGUUCCAGAACCGUCGGGCCAAGUGGCGGAAGCGGGAGAAGGCGGGCGCGCAGAGCCACCCUCCGGGCUUGCCCUUCCCGGGCCCGCUCUCGGCCUCGCACCCGCUCAGCCCCUACCUGGACGCCAGCAGCCCCUUUCCGCCUCACCACCCGGCCCUCGACUCCGCUUGGACCGCCGCUGCCGCAGCCGCUGCCGCCGCUGCCGCCGCCUUCCCGGGCCUCCCUCCGCCGCCCCCCGGAUCCUCCGCCGCCCUCGCCCCCGGCGCCGGAGCCCCGCUCGGGCUCAGCACUUUCCUCGGCGCCGCCGUCUUCCGCCACCCGGCCUUCAUCAGCCCCGCCUUCGGAAGGCUCUUCUCCACCAUGGCCCCGCUGACCAGCGCUUCCACCGCGGCGGCGGCGCUUCUCCGGCAGCCUUCUCCGGCGGUGGAGAGCGCGGUGCACUCGGGGGGCGGGGGCGGGGGCGGCGGGGGCCUCUCGGACCCCUUGGCGGCGGCGGCGGCGGACCGGCGGGCCUCGAGCAUCGCGGCGCUGCGGCUGAAGGCCAAGGAGCACGCGGCCCAGCUCACGCAGCUCAACAUCCUCCCCGGGAACAGCGCCGCCGGCAAAGAGGUCUGCUAAGAAGAGAAGAGACGCGAGAGAGAGGGAGGGAGA